CUUUUAGACCUCCUGUUCCUUGUCCACGAUGGCCCUAAGUGCUCUGGCAUGCAUUAUCUGCUUACUUUAAUCCUCAUUCGAUCCCUUUGAGAUACCAACCCAAUUUUUUUUAAGGCUAUAUUCAUUUAUUCAUUUCUUUUUCACAUUGUUGUCAGAUUAGUCCCUCAAGAAGUAUUAUUUUUUAUACAUAUACAACAGCUUUAUUAAGAUAUAAUCCACCCAUUUAAAGUGUCUGAUUCAAUGGUUUUUAGUAUAUCCACAGAUAUGUGCCAGCAUCACCAAAGUCAAUUUUAAACAUUUUCAUCACCUUAAAAAGAAAUUCCAUACUCGUUAGCUAUGAUCCCACAUCCCCCUAUUCCCCUAUCCAUCCCCCCUCAGCCAACUCAAUUUUGAUUUUUUGUUUAAAUUGAUGAACCUGGGGCUUCCCUGGUGGGCAGGGCCAGAUCAAGCAGGCUGUAGCUUGACCCAAGAAAUAAAAACACCUGGGCUCCAAAAGACACAUAUGUUUCCAGUCCAGAAACAGAAACUUUGCCCCUGCUUGCAGUCCUUACCUCCCGGGGUGUCUGCCUCCUCUUUACUUUUGAGAAAAUGAACAUAAGUUUAGGAUACUCUCAGUGCCAGGCACCAUGCUAGGUGCUUUCGUAUACAUUUUCUCUUGCAAUCUUCCCAACAACCCUAUCAAGUAGGCAUUAGCCCCAUUUCACAAAUGGUGAAACUGAAACUGAGAGAGGUUCAGAGUCUUGCCCAGGGCUACACAGCUGGAAUUAGAACCCAGGUGUCUGACGCUGAAGCCCAUGAUCUUUCCACUUCAUGGGACAGUUCGCCAGGUGCCUGCUUUCACAAUCCCUCACCUGCACCCUGUCUCUCCCACAUACACCAUCUCUGACUCGCCUACCCGCAGGGGCCCAGGUUGGCCUGACCCAGGAGAUGACAGCUACUCUCCUGGCCAAGCCGGUUCCCCCUGGGUUUUCUCUUCCUUCAACAUCCAGCCCAAGUGCCCUCUCCUCCCCGACUGACUCCACGGCCCUGUAACAGACCGCCUCACAGCACGGAGCACACUGGCCUGGUAUUCAGAGGUGCUGAAUUAAUAUCUGUUGCCUGUUGUCUCUCGUUGGUUUGCCUCUCUCCUGUCUUAUGCACCGGUACUGCGGCCUGCUCUUAUGCAUCUAGAUGUCCCCAGCCUCCAGCUCUGAGCCAGGCACAUAAAAUGAAGGAACUGAUGGAACAAACUAAGAGUUCCUGGAUGGGUCAGGCAACUCGCCCCAGAACAGGGUGCCAAAACGCGGGCAGCUCAGCCCACAACCUUCUCCAGGCCGGCAAAGAAAGGACGGACAGGCGCCUGCGGCGAGCGCAUCACUGCCCAGCAGGUGGCGCCCAGACCCGAGGCCCCGGGCCCUCCCGGCGCGUCAUCGGACGCGGCGCGCGCUCACGCAGCCCCUUCUUCCGCCGGGGCGGCCCGCUGGGCCUAGCUCUGCGAACUCGUGUGCGCCCUGGGCGCAUCUCGGGCUCGGAUCUGGCCUCGCGCACCGGCCGUCCCCCGCCGCAGUGGGCGUCAUGGCGCUCCCUGGGGCCCGGGCUCGAAGCUGGGCGGCAGCAGCCAGAAUGGCCCAGAGGCGCCGCCACGCGCAGGGUGCGGGCGAAUCCCCGAGUCUGGCGCCCCGGAGCCAGCGCGCGGCGCUAUAUGUUCACUGGCCGUACUGCGAGAAGCGCUGCUCUUACUGCAACUUCAACAAGUACAUCCCCCGCGGCGUGGAGGAGGCCGCUAUGCGGAGCUGUCUGGUGACCGAGGCUCAGACGUUGCUGCGGCUCAGCGGGGUGCGGCGGGUGGAGUCUGUGUUCUUUGGUGGGGGCACCCCCAGUCUGGCCAGUCCCCGCACUGUGGCUGCUGUCCUGGAGGCAGUGGCACAGGCAACCUGCCUGCCAGCAGACUCCGAAGUCACAUUGGAGGUCAACCCCACUUCGGCCCCAGGCUCCAGGCUGGCAGCAUUCGGGGCAGCAGGAGUCAACAGGUUGUCCAUUGGCCUCCAGUCACUGGAUGACACUGAGCUCCGGCUGCUGGGGCGGACACACUCGGCUAGCGAUGCUCUGCGCACCCUGGCGGAGGCCCGGCACCUCUUCCCCGGGCGUGUCUCUGUGGACCUGAUGCUGGGGCUGCCGGCGCAGCAGGUGGGGCCGUGGCUUGGGCAGCUGCGGGAACUGCUUCGCCACUGUGACGACCACAUCUCCCUCUACCAGCUGUCCCUGGAGCGCGGCACCACACUGUUCACCCAGGUGCAGCAGAACGCCCUUCCUGCCCCUGACCCCGAGAUUGCUGCUGAGAUGUACCAGGAGGGACGGGCAGUCCUUCGGGAGGCUGGCUUCCGCCAGUAUGAGGUCUCCAACUUUGCCCGGAAUGGGGCGCUCAGUACCCACAAUUGGACUUACUGGCAGUGCGGGCAGUACCUUGGCGUUGGGCCUGGGGCCCAUGGGCGAUUUAUGCCCCAGGGGGCUGGAGGCUACAUCCGGGAGGCUCGGAUCCAGACCCUGGAGCCUGACAACUGGAUGAAGGAAGUGAUGCUCUGCGGUCACGGCACCCGGAAGCGUGUCCCCCUGGGCGAGCUGGAGCUGCUGGAGGAAGUUUUGGCCAUGGGGCUACGCACAGACGUGGGGAUCACUCACCAACACUGGCAGCAGUUUGAGCCGCAGCUGACCUUGUGGGACGUGUUUGGAGCGAGCACGGAGGUGAAGGUGCUGCGGGAACAGGGCUUCUUGCUGCUGGAUCACAGGGGUCUUCGGUGUUCCUGGGAGGGUCUGGCUAUGCUGGACUCUCUGUUGCUGACCCUUCUUCCUCAACUCCAAGAGGCCUGGCAGCAGAGAACUCCCUCCCCUGUGCCAGGAGGAUGACCAGAUGUUCCUGUAUCCCAGGACAAUGCCAGGUGGGCUUUGGGGGUUGGGCUCACACUGCAGACAUCUCCACUGCCAGAUGCAGUCUCAGCUCUGGUCAUUGCCCAGCCCUGGCAUCCCCAAGGGAAUGGCUACAAUGAGGUAGAUGGAAGGACAUUUCUGGUCUGGGAACUGGCAUCAAGUCCACUCACCACUGCCAGAGAGGGAGUAAUAGUUUCUGCGAGUGCCUCUCAUUAGUGGACUCUA